AUGUCGGGUAAAGACAACCCCGAUGAUUCCCCUGUUGAAACAUAUGGAAGGUCCGAAGUCCGCCAAGAUACAGAUCAGAAUGCAGACGAAUUGGUCGCCGGCCACACCCGAUGCUCAGUUUGUAGCAGUACCUUCCGACGACCGGAGCAUCUGAAACGACAUCUGCGGAGUCAUACAAAGGAGAAACCAUUUGAGUGUGUCCAGUGCGGCCGGCACUUUUCAAGGACUGACACCCUCCAUCGACAUGAACUGAGUCACCAUGCACCAGGGACGGGAGGGAAAGACCGCACCCACCGGAUUACUGUCAAAACAUUCCGAGCAUGCUCUAGUUGCGCAACAGCCAGAGUAAGAUGUAGCGGCGGGACGCCAUGUGGACGGUGCGACGCUCGCUCGCUCGGAUGUCAAUACCCCACGCAAAGGCGGUCCAAAGCCAAAGACAUGAGAGAUUCAGGGCAAGGAGCCGAUGCGCAAAAUGACAAUCUUAAACCCAUGCAUCAAGACUUGAAUUCAGCUUCUAGUCAGAGCCAAUUUUCUACACACCGGCAAAAGGAGCUGGCAUCAUCCAAAACUUCGCUCAAUGUAACAUCUACACCCGGCAGUGAUCACAAAAGACAAAUAUCACAAGAUGCGCACACCAUUGCAAAUGCCCCGAAUCCUCGUUUCCUUCUCCCAAAUGAGAUACGACGGCCGUCUGAAAUACUGCCACUGGGAGCUUACCAGACGUAUGACAACUCGAGCUCCGAUAUCCUCAAAGCAUUCCCUGUUAAUUCAUCUAACAAUCUAAGCUCUGGAAUAAGUGAUAACCAGCCGGGUAUGGACCCAGCAGGUGAUAAUUCCGAGGUACCGCUAGAGUUUGAUUCCACGUUCUUUGACCAGUCUACGCUUUCCACUAUCAAUUGGCUCCCUAGGGAGUUGCUUCCUAGUGAUUCUAAUGGCUACGCACAGUCUACCGGUGUUUCCUCGCGAUACAACCAAUCUCUCAGCCCAAGCGCCUACUUAUCUCGGACAGAAUGGCAACCGCCAAUUAUCAGCGCUGAGCAGCUCAAUAUUUUGCAACCAGAGCGAGAUUCUCAGACACCCUCUGUCCAUGUUUCUCUAAGGAACAACAUGGAAACCUUGAAUCAAUAUUCCCACGGUAUUAGCGAGCCUUCUCCGCAUACAGAAUCUGUGAAUUCUGCUAGGGGGUCAGCAGACUACUAUGUUGAUGGUGCACCAUCCAGACGCCCUAAGUACGCGCCUUGGUCCAGCGAAUCUGUAGAGCCGGUUGAUAUUGGCAGGCAUUUGUUGGUCGAAGAUGGCGAGCACAGGUUCAACUUCCCUAUAAUUUCCGAACUGCGAACAGAUCAAAUAUCGGAAGAUAUAACCCGGUGCACACGACGGAUUGAAAUCUCCACCUACGAUGAGAUUUAUCGGUACUUUGUUCAACUGUGUUGCAACGAAACUCCUUUUUUUGAAGUGUUCGAAUCGGAGAGGUUUCCCACCGCGGAUGAAUGCAACCAGUUCAUCAUCUUCUUCUUUGAUACAUUUCAGGCUGUUUAUCCGAUAUUACAUCUUUCUAAAUUUGACCCUAAUACAAGUCAUUGGCUCUUGACCUUGUCAGUAAUAGCGCUCGGCUGCCAGGUGUCCCACAUUUCCGAGAUGGAGCAGUGUACAACUGCUCUCCGCGAGCUGAUUCGGCGGGGUAUAUACCUUGAGAAAGAAAAGAGUCCCCCUAGUCAGUCUUCUCUUGAGAUAUUACAGGCUAUGUUGUUCAAUUGCAUUGGACUUCUUCAUAGUAAGAGCGAGAGAGAAAAGGCCUCGGCAUUGAGCACCUUUGGUGACUUGGUGAUACUCAUGAGAACUUCCCGGUUAUUGACACCGAUGCGGAUUAAAUUUAAUGAGGCAUCCCAGGAUGCAGCUUGGGCUUCUUGGAUUCAAGAUGAAGUCAGAAGACGCACCGGCUAUUGUAUAUGGCUUGUGGAUUGUACUCUUGCAUAUUACUUUGAUGAUAGACCUCUCCUCUCCCUAGACGACGGACAAGCUGCAUUGCCUGCACAUGAGAAGCUAUGGCAAGCAUCCUCCGCAGCGACAUGGAAACCACUGUGGGCGCAGUCAUGUGUCAAUGAAUCCUUAUACGACGCAGUCCAUAUCCUCUAUAUCGAGAAGAGAGUAGUGCCAGGUAUAGGAGAAUUCAGUCAUAUUCUACUCAUCCACGCUCUCUACCAGCGAAUGUGGGAAGUGGGAGACUACUUCCGCCGCCCACUAUCCUUCUGGAGCCCGACAGCGAAGAAGCAAUCUUGCGAGACCGCCAUUCCCAGCGGUUCGGUAUGGCUCCCAGGAAUUCCCUCAUACUCGAAAUGGCGCAAUAGCGCAUGUGACUGCCUCGACAUCCUUCAUUGGACCGCCAACAGCACCGCAGCCAAAGCUGGAGGCCUCGAGCACCCAACCAUCCUCCACCUCCACGUUGCCCGGCUAUUCCUACUCUCUCCGUUCCGCGAAAUGCGCUCCCUCGCAACCUCCCUGGUAACAGAAAAGCAGCACUGGCGCAAACGACACCAGUCCCUCGAGUGGCAAUACAUCUGGCGCUGGAUGAAACACGACCAAUAUAAAGCACGGCUAUCAAUUAUCCACGCCGGCCUCACGCUCUGGCAUAUUCGUCGCUACUCGAUGAACGCUUUCCACGAGCCUGUCGCGGCUUUCAUCGCCGUGCUGACGCUGUGGGCAUACGGAUCCUGUCACCCGCAUACAUCCCAUGAGUCCAGUCCGCGUGCAGAACUGCUCCACGAAUCGGGUUUUAUUCAGCUUGACCGGCCUUGCGAUGAUGAGCUUGUGCAGAUUUUCGUGCGUGAGGGUCAUAAAAUGACAGUAAACGUCACUGGUGUUGGUGAUAUAUGUGGAACUGAGGGUCCGGAAAAGGCUCUACGGGUUGGGUGUGAGAUUCUUUCGGGCUUAACGGCGUGGAGUGUUUCGAAGAAGUUCAUGGCUAUCUUGACACGGCUUGCGGAUUUGAGCUCUUAUCAUUCUUCUUGGGAAUAA